CUGCUUCCAAAAAAAAUGUGUUUGUAACCUCUAUAACCUAUUUUGAAAUAUCGGAUAUCUGUGUCCUUUCGAUACCUGUCUUGGUGACCGAUAUACAGGUUAUCAACAUUUCUUGUUUAAUUUUAAAUUAAAGAGGUAAAUUGUAAUCAACGUAAUCUGAAAGAAAAUGCCUUGUCCAUUCCUAAGUCGGCUGCCCUCAGCCUACGUACGAAACUACGGGUUGAACCUUUUGAAGAGCUUCGGGAGUCAUUGUCCCGUGGUGUCAAGGUUAGCUACCAGCAUCCCAAACGACCCCAACCCCUCUGAGUACGCUGAGACCCCGGCCAGCCGGUGUCCUUUUCUGGCUGAGGUUAGCUCUCCUAUUGUAAAGGAAGCCAGUCAAGAGCUUCAAGGUGACAUUAUUGAGUUUACUUCAAAAACAACAGAGGAAGGGGAUGAACGAGACGGUGGUGCUAAGACAAGUCAGGCGGUCUCCCCUAAAUCUGCUUCUCAACAAAUCCAAGAAAAUAAAUUCCCAUAUGAGGACUUCUUCCAUGAGCAAAUAAUGCGCAAAAAACUGGACCACUCGUACAGGGUGUUCAAAAAGGUCGCUCGGUUGGCUUCAGAAUUCCCAACUGCGCUGGAAUACACCUGGGGAGAACAACCUAUCACUGUUUGGUGUGCCAACGACUACUUAGGCAUGUCGUGUCAUCCUGUCGUCAAACAGGCUGUCAGAGAUGCUGUGGAGAUAUACGGAGCUGGAGCUGGUGGAACUCGCAAUAUCUCUGGAAAUUCCAUCCUAAUAGAGAAGCUCGAGCAGGACCUGGCCGAGUUACACCAGAAGGAGGCAGCACUUUUGUUUACAUCGUGCUUUGUUGCCAACGACUCCACACUUUUUACUCUGGCGAAGGCUCUACCAGGGUGUCAUAUAUUCUCUGACGAGGGCAACCAUGCUUCUAUGAUACAAGGAAUCAGAAACAGCAGGGUACCUAAGCACAUUUUCCGCCACAACGAUCCUAACCACUUAGCAGAAUUGCUGGCCAGUGUGGAUAAAAGAGUGCCGAAGAUUGUCGCUUUUGAGACAGUUCAUUCGAUGACCGGAGCCAUCUGUCCUCUUGAGGAAUUAUGUCAAGUGUCCCAUGAGUUUGGUGCUCUCACAUUUGUGGAUGAGGUGCAUGCGGUGGGCCUGUAUGGACACCAUGGCGCAGGGGUGGGUGAGCGCGACGGCCUUUUGCCUGAGAUGGACAUUAUUUCUGGCACUCUAGGCAAAGCCGUGGGAAAUGUGGGCGGCUAUAUAGCGGGUACCAGCAAGUUGGUAGACAUGGUCCGUAGCUACGCAGCAGGGUUCAUCUUCACUACGUCACUGCCUCCUACAGUGGUGGCGGGGGCCCGAGCAGCGAUCUCAGUACUCGGUAGCCAGGACGGACGCACCCUUAGACACAAACACCAGGAGAAUGUUGCCUACAUGAAGACCAGGCUGUUAGAACAUGGCUUCCCUGUGGAACCAUCUCCCUCUCACAUCAUUCCGAUAAGAAUUGGAGACCCCGCACAAUGCACCGCUGUGUCCGACAACCUACUGCGCGAGAAAGGUCACUACGUACAGGCCAUCAACUAUCCAACAGUGCGUUUAGGGGAAGAGAAGUUACGGUUAGUUCCGACUCCACACCAUACCCUCCAGAUGAUAGAUACCUUCGUACAUGACUUGCUUGAUGUCUGGACAUCCCUGAAACUGCCCCUUGCUCCGAUCCAGAAGUGCAGCCACUGCCUCAAGUUGACACCGAUGAGCUGUGACUCUCAGGCCGGCUGUGUUGCUCCCAACUGCCCUCAGAUGGUUGCCUCCAAUUAAAUCUCUACACCGGUUCCAUUUCCUGUUGUUCUCUCUGAAUCCCGCAUGGUUACAAAAAAAGCUUUUAAAGACCAAGUAGACUUCCCUGUAUCCAGUAGGUGGAAACCUCACAAUGCUUGAGGAUUUGGUAUUGUAUCUAAAAUUGUUUUUUGGGGGAAAAUAGUCUGGAGGACUAAGGAAGUACAGGGGAGUGGACAACACCCGUUGUGAUAUCCUGCCCCAAAGUACACCACUGGAUAAUACAAUAGAAAAAGUGGUAUUCUAGAUCUACUAUGCUGUGAAACUUAUGUGCACUACAAUCGGAAUGAUGAGACACCAAGUACUUUCGUAACGACACCUUGCUGUAACAGAGCACUAACAAACUCAAAACCAGAUAGGAAUCUGGUUAAAAUCUAUUAGUGUAAAAAGUAAUUAACCCUUUCCAAUAAUUUAAAAUACCUUUCUGAUUUUCCCCAGAUCUGAUUUUAAUACACGCAAAUUGCUCAAAAAUUUAAAAUAUGUACUCACAGAUAUACUUAUUUCCACUUUCAACAGAUUAACUAAUUUUUUAUUGUUUGUCUAUAUUAUACAUUUACACAAAAAAGACACUUCAUUUACUCGUACAUUUUCAAACCUGGUGCAAACCAGGUUUACUUACACAGAAGUAAACAGUUUCUUUACUUCCAUCAGAUACUUUCCCGUUACUACACACUGCACAAUUCUUGUCAUUCUUCUGUUCAUUAGGCAUACAUAACACAGGGAGGUUGUCUACUUAGCCUUUCAUCCUUCAACAUUCAGUGUUCUACAAUCAUGACAUUAAAAAUACCUACAGUUCCAAUUAAAAGAAGCUACAAAUUUAUUCUAGCAGUAGAAUAACAACAUAGAAAAUCAGAUACAAAAUAUAUUUGUCACUCUCAAACUCGGUCCGACAUCAGAUCUCACUUGACAAAUGAUUGGAAAGGGUUAAAUUUAACUACCAAAUUUUUGUUGUAUUUACUCCUGACACAUAAUUAUUUCAACAUAAUAUUUACUCUUUUACUGAACUUGUAUAUUUUUCAUUUAAUGUUUCGGUGUUAGAAGGUCUAAUCUUUUUCAUGUUAUAAUCACACAUGGAGAUUAUGGCAUUUAUUGAUUUAGUUUUUGCUGUGUCUAUUUCAAUAGCUAUUAUAUUGGAUCAUAAUUCAUUGACAUACAAAUCUGUAUUAAAGUGCAUAAUAAAGGAGUUGUAGUGAAACACAAACUUUAAGGUUGACUUUAAAACUGGCUUUGACAGAAGUGUGUUAACGUCAUGCUAUUAUCUCCUAUACUAUAUAAAGAACCAAACCACACACUAUAUCAGCAUUUUUACAACUAAACGUAUUGUCUAAAAAUUAGUAGCAUCUAUCUAGCUGUAUAGUUUGUGAUUCUAAUUUUCCUGUAGGUGGGGAGAGUAUAAGAUAUAAAUGUUCAAAUUGCAGCAAACCACAUAAUAUGUUUGUAGUUACACCAUAUUUGCUUAGUUACAUUUGUUAUUAUUAUGUUAUCGAUAGUCCAUAUAAACAUGACAAAAUGCUUAAAAUUAGCUACCAGAUUGUGUUCAAAGUAAUUUACAAUUUUUAAGGUAUAGAUUACAUUCCAAAUAUUUUACUGGAAGAGAAUUUAUGAGAUUUUAUGCGAUUAAAAUAUAUAUUUAUACUUACUUUGAUGUUUAAAGUUACCAAGUGUUAUAUAAGUUCAAGAGAUAAUUUUUUCUCUGGUUACUUCUUGUACAAAAUACCAAUAAGUAAAUGUGCUGUAUGAUAAUUUUUUUUACAACUAAGUAUUUUAAGUUUUACCAAUUAGUACAAAUACUGUUUUAAUUUUUACUCUGAAAUUUAGUUUUUGUGAUUACUGUUACUUUUGUGUAGCUAUUAUAUAGCUUUGAUUUUUUUAUGUGUAUUUAUUGGAAAUUCAGGGGAAAGUGUCAGAGAGUUUACUCAAGUUAGUAGCAGAUAAUUCAAGUUUUUUUAUUGUUUUGAGCCACAGAAUCCUGUUUAAGUUCCUACAACUCCUUGGUGGUUGGUCAUCCUGGUGGGAGAGGAGCAAGGCAAUUAUAUUUUUCUACUGACAUUAUUGUUCAUGUUCUGACUCUUGUGACCUAUAGUCAGCAAAAAAGUAUUAAAAUACAAGAUUUUAUAUUUAUUAUAUAUGUUAUAGAACAAAUAAAACUAAUAACAGUUGUGCAUCCACAUCCGUAGCAAAAUUAAGACUGCAGAAUCUGUAGAUAACAAAUCGUAACUAAAAACAUACUCUGUAACUCAAAACAGUCAAAAGAAAAUCUAUCUGCUGCAAGACAUCUUAUUGGAGAAUUGUUAAACUUAGUUAAGUUCUCUGCAGUUUUUCCCUCUAAAGUUUGAAUAGAUCAGGUCAAAAUGCAUGCAAGCCUCAAUUGUAUUAUUUAUUUAUAUAUUUUUAAUGUUUAUGUUCCUCAUUACUGUACGUAUAAAUAAGGGUAGGUGCAGGGUGGUAUGCAUAACUGAGCUUUGCUAGAUUUGUAAAAUAAGAACUCUUUUGAUUUAUUUUUGCAUAUUUGUAUUACUAUUUUUUCAAAUUGCACUCUGAUUAGCUCUUUAGUUACCAACUAAUUUAAUUUUUGUCAGGAAAUCAAUGUACAAACAAAUCUUUGUGAAAAGAGCAGUGUAACUUACCUACAAAAGUUUUACCUUCCUUAGUAAACUCCUGGUAUGUUUAAAAUAAAUUUCCUAACUUUUCACUCAAUCUGUCAUAAUAUACUGUCCGUCAAUAUUGGAAUGUUGUAGACAUUGAUGUUAGUGUUGUGGAUGCAUGUACACCACUGAUAUGUAGAUACCUCUUGAGACACUCCAACAAUUUUACGGGAUAAUGUGAGUGAGAGGUGUACUAAUUAUAGAUAUCUGUUACACAAUUGGAUAUUGUUACAAUGAAGGACAAGUACUCAAGAAGCACUUUAAUGUUCAGUUAUGAAAGUUCAGAGUAAAAUAUUUUACUACUUU